AUGAAUGUUAACAAAGAUUUAAAUUACGCUCUUAUAUUGAGCCGACAAUGUAUGCGGAUAUUAGGCAUAUGGCCCGAUCCGAGUGUCUCUUUGAAUGUUUUUCGUCGAUCAAAAAUAGGAUUCAUGCUUGCUACGUUUAUUAUGGGUAUUUAUGUAAUCACUCCGCAAAUAAUAAAUGUGAUUCGUGCGUGGGGUAACGUGAGUCGAAUGGUUGAACUCUUUCUUGCCUGCAAUUUUAGCUUGAUGGCAAUAUCCAAGAUGGCUAUUACCAGAUAUCAUGGCAAGAAACUUCGAAUGCUAAUAACAUCGAUUAUGACUGAUUGGAUGACUUCGAAGAGCAACUCGGAACGAAAUACAAUGUUGAAGCUAGCAAGAAGCGGCAGAAGUCUAUCUUUUGGAUAUUUGAUAGCUGUAAUGGGCACACUCAUGCUUGGAUACUUUUUACGUUUCAUGAUUUUUUUAAAAACUCUUCAUCAGCCUCGACGACAACUUUACUAUCGGUUCGACUACAUUCAAAGCAGUCCUUAUUUCGAAAUCACAUGGUUCUUGCAAAUAUUCGGCGCCACGUAUGCAGUUCUCGGCAAUUAUAGCGUUGACAGCUUCAUCUCGACACUCGUGCUGCAUAUAUGUGGACAACUAAUUAAUCUACGAACCACACUCAACAAUUUGAUCGACAGUUUAGUCAAUAGAUCGAUAUGUUCCUCGAAAUUUAGAAAAGGCCUAACUGCGAUUGUUAUACGACACGAGUAUUUAAUCAGUAAUGCAAAGACGAUCGACAAUUGCUACAGUUCAGUAUUGUUUAUGCAUAUGCUAGGUGCAUCUUUACAAUUGUGUCUUGUAACCUUUCAAGUUUUCACGUUGUUAAUGGACAAUUUGAACGUUUCUCCUAUCAAAGUAUUUUUUCUCGCGUUUUAUAUCUCUAUGGUGUUGACGCAAUUGUAUGUUUAUUGUUACGCUGCCGAAAGACUCUUGGAAGAGAGCACCAAUAUGGCGUAUGGCGUGUAUGAAUGCAAAUGGUACGAUAUAUCGCCAAAAGAUGCGAAAGACUUAAUGCUUAUCGUAUAUCGAUCUGCGAUUCCGCUUAAAUUGACAGCUGGAAAAUUUGGCACUUUUUCGUUAGAAUUGUUCGGAAUAGCGGUAAAAACUUCGAUGGGAUAUUUAUCUGCGUUAUUAACAAUAAGAGAAGUAGACUUCGAAUACGCGCACGGAUGGAAUCGUUAUACUAUGAUGUUUAUGGGAAUUUGGCCGGAGAGUAGAAACCUCGGUCAAGUUUCUAGCUACAGGCCGAUAAUUCCAAUUCUAACAAUGUUUUGUUUCGUAUGCGUGCCACAGUCGACCAAUUUAUUCUUCAUCUGGGGCAAUUUUGACUUGGUGGUAGAAAACUUCUCCAUGGGAAAUAUAACGAUUACGAUCUCGAUGUUAAAGAUCAUCAUAUUUUGGUCAAGCAGUGAAUUUUGUCUACGUUCUGAAAAAGCCCUGAAGAUACUUAUGUCGAGCAUGAGGAGGGACUGGAGUGUGACUGUGGGUAAACGAGAUCGCAAGCUAAUGUCAGACAUAGCCAGGGCCACCCGAAAGCUAUCGAUAAGCAGCACCGUGAUGGUCCAAAUAGUGGUGCUGACCUACAUAAUGUUUCGAUUCAUCAACAUCCGACAUACCGGUCGUCAGUUGUUCUUUCGCGCAUAUUUUCCUUACAACACGAGCAGCAGUCCUUUCUACGAACUGACCUUCCUAGGACAGUUGAUCGCCACUACGUACGCGGCGUCUACUUACACAGCAGUUGACACUUUUAUCGCCACUCUGGUGCUUCAUAUAUGCGGUCAAUUAACGAAUUUACGUCGCGAAUUGAUGAAUCUACCUGACCGCACGCGACCGGAAUUCCAGACAGAGUUGAGGAAGAUCGUGAGGAAACACCAGUAUAUCAACAGAUUUGCAGAAACAAUCGAGAACUGUUUCAACAUGAUGCUUCUGAUACAAAUGUUGGGAUGCUCGUUGCAACUUUGUUUCCAGUGUUUUCAAGCGUUCAUGUCGAUAUUUGGCGAAAUAAACGAACUUUUCAUCUUUCAAAUCAUCUUCUUAAUUAUCUACGUGAGUUAUAUAUUGCUGCAGUUGUACCUGUACUGUUACGUCGGCGAAAGAUUACUUAUCGAGAGCACGAAAAUAGCAUACGCGGUGUAUGACUGCAGUUGGUACAACUUGUCAGCGUGCGAAACAAAAUCGCUAAUAAUCAUCAUGUGUCGUGCUCGGUCGCCAUUACACAUCACCGCCGGCCGGUUCUGUUCCUUCAACCGAGAACUCUUCAGCGAGGUUCUAAAGAGAUCAGUGACUUAUAUGUCGUUUCUCUGCGCAAUGAACACUUUGUAGAGCGAAAACUAAAUGAUUUAAUAAUGCAAAAGAAAAUCGAUAUCAACUGUUUAUUAAAAUUAUAUAUCAGUUAUAAUAAAAGCAAUGUAUGUUUUCCAGCCAUUUGUAAAAUGUAUAGACUCUA